AAUAUCUCGGUGUCUCAGGGAUAGGUCAGGCUUCGGCAGGUUCUAUAUCGAGAGUUGAAAAUAAUAGCGUGACGUCGGACACCCGACGGAUCCCACAGCCGCGUUGCGUCACAAGUACCAUGUUCGCUCUGAUUUAUCUUGGCCCGUGCCUUGGUCGUCUGGGGGCUCGGAUCGUUCGUUUCCGAGCCAAAAGUUCCAACUCGGGAUUUCCUCGAGGAGACACAGUAUUAUUUUGCCGAGCGACGCGAGAUCAGUCACGAUCGCCUCUCCGCUUGAAAUAAUCGGCCGCGAGUGCGCUCAACUCCUUCACUCGACGACGACGAGAAUUCUCGUGAUCGGCAGCGAGGAAGGGGUUAACGGAGUUGGGAUAGAUCUCGCGGCUGUGUGAACUGAAUUUCGCGUGAAGACGGGAAAAUUCUUUCUCCCGACGCAUCUGCAAACUUUCAUUCGCUCUGACGGCAUUGAUGCAAACGCGACACCGAUCGACGACGUCGAAACGAUGACGUCGCUGGCAGCCGCGGCUUCGUGCGCGCGAUCGUUACUCCGAGAGAGCGCGAGCGAGCGAGCGAGCGAGCGAGCGAGCGAAUAGCCGCGCGGCAGGUGGAAGCCGACGACAACGACGACGACGACGCUGUUUCAUCGCGACGACAACACUCCGCGCGACACUCCGUCGUCAUCGUUGGCGGACGUCGAGUGCGCGAGAAUCCUGUGAGCCUGUUGGGCGAAAAUCGCGACCACGACCGUGAGAGACGAGUCGCGAGCACUGGUGGAGAUUGCGCGCGAUCAAGGAGGAUUAUUCGGUGCUACGCGGUGCUCUUGUUACCAGACACAGAUCCCGAGAUCGAGUCUGAUCGGGAACUGUGAGGGAGACUAGGACAGGGAUAAUUGGCGCGCAGACGAGAGGAGAAUCUGUAAUUUGACGGGAAACAGAAGGCACAUAUUGCAGCAAGACUGAGAAACUCGAGAUCAAUCGAGGAAGAGAGUGCUAUUCCGACAACGAAAUAUUCGAGCGCGAGUGGGUGUUCGAGGCAGUGCGGAUGCUGUGCGGACGGGAAGUCUGAAUAGCAGUUAUAACGAAACGGGACGAGACGUUUCUCGAUUUCCGCGUCAGCAUCGAAUCGAGAACGGCAGCAGCCAGGAGCUGGAGAGCUGAAUAAAGGAUUACGCUCUUCCGUGGCCCGAUAGCGAGACGGGAAUCCAGCUCGGGAUAAAAUAGGUCAGCGAGACAGAAAGACAGAGAGUCCGCAAAAUCGCAGGCUGAAUAGUGACGGAUCUAAUCGAGGCGAUAUCGCAAUUAGUACUGCGAUUAAGAGACGUUCUCAAGUUGAAGCGAAGGCGAAUAUCUGUGAUACCAAGACGAGUCAGUAGACUGAUGUGGUUAAGUCGUUACGCAGCCUCCGAAUAUCUAAUCAACGGCGCUCUGAGGCUUAAUUAACGGCCUUUUGAGCGACAUAAGAUUACUGCCGCGACAUUAAGUUACCUUAUUUUGGGAGGAAUCGGGAGACACACGACGCGAGACGUUGACGCGAGAACACUUUCGCGUACAUCUGGUAACAAAAUCGGACGUGGAUGUCAAUUGAUACAAGCGACUUGAAUCAAAGCCAGAUAAUCAGGAUAACCAAAUCGAGACAGAGCGUGCACUGUUCGAGUCGGAUACUCAUCAGUUUGUCAUCCAGCUCGAAACGACGACGAAGACGCUCGCGUGCAUCUGGUAAUGAAGUCAGACGUGAAUGUCAAUUGACACAAACGGCUUGAAUCGAAAUCAGAUAACCAGGAUAACCAGAUCGAGUCAGACCGCGCACAGUUCGAGUCGGAUACUCAUCAGUUCGUCAUCCAGCUCGUAACUACGACGAAGACGCUCGCUUACAUCUGGUAAUGAAGUCAAACGUGAAUGUCAAUUGACACAAACGGCUUGAAUCGAGAUCGGAUAAUCAAGAUAACCAGGUCGAGACAGACCGUGCAUAGUUCGAGUCGGAUACUCAUCAAUUCGGCAUCCAGCUCGAAACGACGACGAAGACGUUCGUGCGCGUAUCUGCUAACGAAAUUGAACGUGAACGUCAAUUGACACGAGCGACUUGAAUCGCAGCCAGAUAACCAGGAUAACCAAAUCGAGACGGAUCGUGCACAGUUCGAGUCGGAUACUCAUCAAUUCGACACCCAGCUCGAAACGACGACGAAGACGCGUCGUUACGCCGCGUCCGGUCGAAGUUGCGAAGCAGCUCGCGCUCGACAACUCGAGCCGCGACAACUCGCCACGGCGAACGCGAUCAGCCGGUCGUUGCACCUCGCUCGCUCGCUCCGGUAAAUCUCCGAACGUCUCCUCGCGAUAUACCGUUACCGCACACACACACACACACACACACACACACACACACACACACACACACACAUAUACGCACGGAUCGGAGAGGCGUCCGCCUCGUGCGCGUGCCGAGAGGAAGGCGACUCGGGCUCCGAGCGGACUCUCCGAUUCCGCUCUUCGAAUCGAAUCGGGGACGCUCGCUCAUUUUCCCCGAGAGGAACGCACGAGAGGAUUCCAGGAGAAGCUCGUCGCGGCGUCGUUCGUUCGUGUGUUUGCGACCAAACCGGAUCGUUCCAGAAAUCAGCUUCCACACUUUGUUCCCGUUGGACACACCGCGGCUCCGGAAUAAGCAAAGAGAGGAACAAGUGAAGAGGAGCGGGUGAGCGAACGCGUCCUCUCGAUUAACUCUCGAGGACACGCACACAUCAUACUUACACAUAUACAGAUACACGCACCGGGAGCUAAACUCGAGAGACAAGUGAGAAAAGUGCCGAUCGUGGUCGCGUGGGAGGAGAAGAAGAAGGAGGAGGACAGUAGUCGGCCGGCACACGGCAAGAUCCCCGCCGUUAUGCGCACAUUGGCCGAAGCGAUGAAACAUCGCGCGGUCAGCUGACUAGCCGGGCUCUUCGGCGGUCGCACCGCUGAUAAGAACACCCUGGACACCGGAGACUCGCAGCGACGUCCGCCUGUCUGCUCUGUCAUGACGUUCGGCACUCCAUUCAACACCGAGAAGUCCCAGUUCGUCGGCGAGAAUACCACUCGGACUGGCAGCAUGGCGGCCGAAGAAGGAAUAUUGGGCAGCGGUCUGGGCUCGAAACUGAAAUGUCCGACCCCUAUAUCGCGGUUGAGGGUGGAGAAGAUCGAGGGCGGCCUGAUGGUGGCCGGCGUAGUGAUAGCCGCGAACUGUCAGAUCGCUCUUCCGGCGUUUGGAUUUCUCUUUAUGCUGGUUGGCGCAGUGCUCACUGCUGCUUCGUACCGAGGCCCGGGCGAGGACGAGGACAAGAACUCGUAUGCUGCGCGAAUCGCCUUUACCGGCAACUCCCGUAUUCUAGGGCCGAUCUGCAUAGUCGUGGGCGCCCUUAUGCUCGCCCUUGGCGUGCUGCUCUGCAUGUUAACGAGAAGGGCCAGGCGGAGAGAGCGUAGGGUGGGCUUCCACUGCCCGCUUCACGGAGACUUCUACCCUCUGAGUCCGGUCCAAGGUAUCAAAAUGCUCGGGGUAUCUGGCAAGGACGUGAGCGGGUGGCCGAAGAUCCCGUGUCUGAAGGGCCGCGCGUCCAACAAGGGCGGAAGUGGUGCCGGCGGAGCGCACGCAGGCCCGCCGCAGUGUCCGCACUCCGUUCUGAGCAGCACUCGCAGUUCCGUGAGCAGCUCGCCUUUGAGCCCGUGCCCGACGCCCAUGCCCUUCCUGGUGACUUCGGGCUCUGUUAGUAGCGGCAUGGUGCAGAGCGUCGGUGCUAAUUUAUCGCCGGACCAAACAUUCGGAUCGAUCCGGUCUCUCUCGGUGACGAGAGAAGUCGCCAGUUUCCCCCUGUCGCGAACUCCCACGCCACCUCCGCAGCACAGACCGUCGGCACUGGCGAACCCCGAGGAGCUGGUGGGCGCUGUGGGUAGCCCGCUGCGAGAGGCCUCCCCGAGGCCAGAGGUGCGCGUGGUCGCUCCUUCCCAUCGGCCACCGCCGUCCGCACUGGCCGCGAAUGGCCACGCCGUCGCAACGGCGAACCGCAAGUCCGUCAGCAUACUGUUGCCGGAGCAGACCAGCGGAUGACCCCAGCUAUUGCAACAGCCGCAGCAGCGACAACAGCAACAACAACAGCACGGCUUCGUGCACCGUUGCGAUGAAGAGCCACUCUCUAUUUAGGACUGUCGGCCUGCGUAAGGAGACGACGACGACGACGACGACGACGACGACGACGAUGACGACGACAAUGACGACGACAAUGACGACGACAACCCGCGAAACUGACCUGUUCUGUUGCCGUUCGAUCGGACAGUCGCGCGUCUCGCUUUGCUGUUACCGCUGGACGAUUGCAGAGCGAGACGCGCGAUCGUCCAGCCGCAACGGCGACGACGAUUCGUUCGUCUCUCUCGUCGCGUCUCAUCGUCACGGCUCCAUAAACUUGCAUCACGCAAGUCCCGACCGGACACGGUCUUCGUAUAGUACGUGGGUAGAGAAUGUGCGAGUGUGUCUUACCUAACUCGACUAGGCCCGACGACGCGCGCCCGUCGGACGGAAGGUCUCGGUCCGACCAGGCCAAUGUGAUCGAUGACUGUUGACAUGAACGUCGCUUGACUUGGAGCGCGGCUCGACCGAUCGCGAGCCAGAUCUCCCGCGGCCGAUACGCAAUCCGCGGUGAAGGUUAAUCGACGCUGAAGACACGUUGAAGAGCGUCGUUUCUUAUCGUUUCCGAUCGACGAGAUUGCAUGCAAGCCGACGAUUUCGUCCUUGCGAACCGCUCGCGCAUGUCAUGCACGUACGAAGACACAUAGAUACAUACCCUACGUAUGUACACAUGAACACACAUACACACAUACCUACAUGCGACCGACAUUGAUUUCGACUGAAAACCGGAAUCUCGCGGUUGGAUCUCCCCGCGAUCCCGGCUUUGCUCUCUUAGGUGGGCCGAGUCGCGAUUCAUCGAAAUUCGCGGCCUCAAGACGCGACAAUCGCAGAAAAUCGCUUAUCACGAGAACAAUAUGGGGAAAUUCGGGGUUAGGGCAGGAAAGGGGCAAGGAUCGGUGGACGCUUUCCCGCGACGUUACUUUCUAAAAUGCAAUCAGUAUAUUCCUCACUGAAAUGCUGUGCGUGCAACUGACGGUUCAGUUACAAGUACAACAUACUUCAAUCGGUAAAACCUCGUUGAAAGAAUCAGUCAAUAGCAGCGACUGAUGCUAUUAUUGACGCGGCUCGCAGACACGGACAGUGUCGUUGCACGUAAAUCACAUGGAGAGCGCCAAUUCCAUCGCAUUCAGAAACGCAGGAAGUUGGAUCUGCCACAACGUGCAACGUAUUUGUGCACUGCACAGACGUUACGGUGAAAUUUCACAUUCGCCGGUCGAAAUUGGUGAGACAGAAGAAGCGGUAAAGUGAGAGGAGUGUUUGCGCUGAAGAUCGGUGAACAUCUCUCACUGAUUGUCGGCCAAGUGCUCCCUUCGCUGAUUCGAUCGGAAACAUUUGUGCUGAUUCACUUGAAGAGAGUGCACGUGCAGAUUCAAUGGGAAUGAGAAUCCCGCGUCGGGGAAUGUCGGGCCUCUCCAACUGUGGCUGUGUGACGGAUCGAUCGCGCACACCUCGGAGCGAAGUGUGCUUUCGCUUCUACGUUAUUAGGUGUGCGUUAUCGAUCAUCUGGCGAUAGUGCAGCGCACGUAGCGCCGGUCGCGCGGAUGCCACUCAACGCGGACUCAUUAACCGUUAACGUUCACCUCGCGCCAGUUGAAAAUGAUCGGCAACGCGGUGGAGAUAUAUCGUAGGCGCGACUUGCAUUUCUUACGGGACUGACUGAAGUGUCAAGAUGACAGAGAGACACGACACCGUUCUGGAGAGCUCUCUUCCGGUCGCUCUCUCGCGAGGCGGAAUCAAUCGAUCAUCAUCUGCGCGGGCCGAGAAGUGCCGGUUCGUUUAACUGAACGGCGACCAGACGAAGUCGCUGAUGUUUCUUUAAAGCCUAACCUACAAUAUGUUCUUUGCUUCUUGUUUCUCGUUCUCUGUUUUCCUUCUGGCUUGAGGCUUAAGAUUUGAGUCAAAAAGAGAUGAACAGAAAGAAGUAGAAGAAGCGUAGAGCACAUUGCAGAUCAAGCUUAACUGUUACCGAAAACAUUCGUCUGAGGCAGCCAACUGCGUUGAAACUCGGUUAAGAUAGGAACAAUUGACUGCGUAAAAAUCUGCCACGAGAGUGUUUCCGUUCUUACAGCCGAGCUUUCGUCUGGUCCCCGGGUAGCAAAGAAUUCAGUUGCACCAACGCAAUUGCUUCUUCCGUGCGCGCGGCUCGCUAGAAGAGUGCCAGAAAAUCGGUGUAUUUGUGUCGCUCGUGUAUUUAAUUAGCCAUCUUCGUUUUAUAUGCUAAUGACGAAAUUUCUGUGCGUUCUCGUCCUCCCCUUCCGCCUGUUUUAUCCAAUACGCGUUUUACCUCUUUGGUGGUAAUUUAAAAUAACCGCGAUUUUCACUCAGGACACUUUUUCUUUUAGCAUAUCUGGCUUUUUUCUCUCUAUUGUCUUUUUUAAGAAUUUGGAAAAAUAGGCUACAAAAUGUAAUUUGUAUUCGCUAUAAAUUAGGGAAGGAUACAAUAAUUUAUCGAAAGCAAUUCAAUGUUUUCAUUCACAGAACUCUUCCGGGUAUAUCACUUAAGCGACUAAUUCUCCGUAAGUUCAUGGAGGAAGCUCGCGAACAUUCUCAGCUCGAUAAAUUUUAAUGUAUCUUUAUUUUUCAACUUUUUUUUUCAACUUUUACACAACCAGGAAGAUUUUCGGUUUAUAUAUUCCUUAUUUUUUCUUAUUUCUACACGCCUUAUCUUUAUUCCUUUUCGUCAUCUUAACCUAUUUUUCUUAAACCUUAACUCCUUUCCUUUUUAUUUUCCUUGCUUUUUCGGUGUAUCUUAACCUAUACAUAGCCUUAUACACCAUCCUUUCGAUAAAUCUCAAUGAACAUUCGAUGAUCCAACGGCGAAAAUUUACUUUCUAAGAAUUACCGCGAAACAAACUCUACGCGAACAAAACACUGCGAUCUUUUUCUUCCACUGACUUUGUGCGAACUUGAAAGUGACUGUACCGAAACCACGACGAAUGGGUGCUGCGGGUACACGAUUUGUCCCCUUCGCACAGUCGAGAUGUAUUUUCGGCGAUGCCGUUCUCGCGAUCCGAAUGCGUAGGAAAGCACACGAAAGGGUUAACAUCUGGUGGAGAGGGACGCAGACAUAUACUCGGGGCACGAGUUCUCUACGCUGUGUCAGCGCGUGUUAAUUAAGUCCCGGUUAUUCUCGGCUCGCGCAUUCUCGCUAGGAGGGAAACGGAGAGAGAGAGAGAGAGAGAAAGACAAACAGAAAGGGUGAGGGGCGAGAAAGAGAGAGAGAGAGAGAGACAAGUGCCGUGGCUUUUCGAUUCGUCGGCGGCGACGAAUUUCGUGUAUUCAUUUCGUGAGACACAAAUAUCGAUGGAGCUUUGUUGCGUUCUCAUCAAUUCAAGAUGUUCGGGAAAUUUUGUUGGUUUUGCGACAUUCCGACGAUUUCUUGUCGGUGUGUUGGCAGGAGAGACAAGAAGGAGAAACCGAGAACAUUCUCUCUCUCUCUCUCUCUCUCUCUCUCUCUCUCUCUCUCUCUCUCUCUAUCUCCCGCUGAAUCACGACCCACGUCGGUUUCGAGAGAAUCAAUAUCUCGAGAGCGCCGGAGAAUCCCGUUGGAUCCCACCUAGGUGGAUAACUAAAUAAGACAGACAGUGUAGAACGGGUCGUUUCUGACGAUGCGUGUGUUGGCAGACGCUCGGAUUCGCUCGUCUAGACGGGCCGAUGGCCGAUUGCUCGACUCUUGCACGGGGCACUCUUUAUUUUUAGUUCGGCCGGAUUAUAUCCCCCCCGACCUUCGCACACGCACGCCGAUCCAACAAAAAUGACGGUGUUUACGUUAAUGAGAUAAUGAGAGCGCGACCUACCACGUGAUACCGGGGGAUGAGGAUUCGAAUAUUCCUCGUGCGUUUUUCCUCCUCUCUUCUUGCGCAAAUAUAUAAUUCCGGGAAUAUUCAAGGAAGACUUUUUCUGUCUCUAUGGAGUUCGCGGAAAAGCAAAUUAGCAUACGGAUUCCCUCUUGCGCACCUGCGAAUUCAACAUGGAUUCUCGUUGAUUAGUUAACCCGUUGAAACGCACGGUAUCCUUAUGAUUUUUAUGGAUGUGAAAUCCUCAUAGGACUCUAAUAACGAUCGAUACGCCGACAUCACGAGGGAGGACGGGACAAAUGAGUCAGCAGAUCGAAUGAUUUCGCGAUACUUUUGUCUUCAACCGGUUACGUGACGGACGUUACGUCAAGCAGAUGUGAAAUCGCAAAGUAACGAUGCUCCCCGGCCGAGCAAUUGAAAUCGCUGUAUGUGCCAGUCAGACAGGAAGGAAAAGAGUCACUCUUAUUUCGCGUAACGAUCCGUGUUUUUUUUCUUUCUUAACAAGCUUGUUAAAUUUCGUCUCCAUUAGCGUUCGCAGGAGAUCGCUGCGUCUCGUACCGCGAAUUCUCAAACACGACAAUCAAUGGAUCACGCAUCGACCGAACGUGCAUGGAGAGAAUUUUGUGGAAUUACUGUGGAAUUUUAUGACCGAGGAAUUUUAUGACAUUCUGCAGUAAUUCACUCAAUACGUGCUACUUAUUAUUUUAGCAACGGAAAUACGCUACUAAAACAUUUGCUACACGGAAAAAGAAGUGUGAUUAGGUCAACGAGAUUUCUGUUAAAAUAUCAACGAACCAAAGAAUUUCGGUAACUUCUGCUGGAAUUUUUUGGUUCGAUUUUUAAUAAAAAAUUCGGUUAAUUCAAACAAAUGUUUUCUCCCCGUAUACGUUUCUAGCGAAAUCUGUUGUGUUUCUAACGAAAUUUACCAUGUUUUUUAGCGAGAUCUUACUGACAUCCGGACUACUAAAAACACAGCAAAAUUGAAAAGAAUUUACAUGAGAAAAAAAGAAAACAUUCUCUCCGUGUAUUAUUGCGCGCGUGGGCAAACUUAGGGAAUAAGUGUCGUCGAUCUCUUCAUUCUCGCGUGUCGAUUUUCCUUCGUUCUUCAUGAAACCCGAGCGUUUCGUAAUAAGAUGGAACGGGGUGGAGAAUGAUGCGCGCGGAAUACCUCGGUCGAUAUCGAGAAGCGACUGUCUGUCGUCUCGAUGUUGAAGCGCGGGAAGGAAACGAUUCUUCCUGUCGGUGUUUCGCGACGGGGAACAGGUUUUAACGAGCAACACGAUCCUUAACACAGCGCACGGCCCACGGUAAUCGGAUUAAGUGCUUCUGAUGGAAUUGACCGAAACGAGAUAUCGGCCUUUGCGACGCUAAUUAACACGUAUCACUCGCGACAUACGCGUAAACACAGACAGAUGAGCGCGACAAAUGGACACGUGAGUUAGAUUACAGGAAGAAAACACCAUUUUGCGAUGAAUGGAACACGCGA